UAAUUUUAAAUAGUAAUAUAAAUUAAACUCACAGGUACAGGCAAGUUACCAGGGCCAGUAGGAGACAUGCACGCGGUGAAAUUAACCAACAGCAGUGUUUCGUUGGUAUGGAAUCCUCCCAAUGACAAUAAUAACGUAACCAGUUUUGUAGUGCACUAUCAAAAAGUUAAUAAUUCCACGGUCCACGAAAACACGAUAAAACUAGAUCAGCAAAUGGAAGUCACUGAAAACUCAGUGGUAUUGAUGAAAUUGGAAACUGGGAAACUCUACAAAGUUUUUGUCGUAUCAAAAAAUAUACACGGUACCUCAUUACCGUCAUCUAUACUCUUGCUCAAUAUCACCGAAACAGAUUUGAAUGGUAAGGGUGUCGUGGGCGUUACAUCUCCACCACAUUCAUUGUCCGUUUCAGCUCACAGUGCCAACUACGUUACUAUCACUUGGCAGCCACCCGAGUUUAGUCACGUGUCCGAAGAAAUAACUUACAAGUUGUAUUGGAAAUCAGUAGCGGAAACAGUCUUCCAUCAAAUUGAUGUAGCUGUGCCUGCGUACACCGUGGAAAAUCUAUCUCCAAACUCUCAGUACAUCAUUUACAUAGUGGCCAUGUCGAAGAAUGGUAAAAGCUUGCCGUCAGAAACAUUGAUUGCGUGGACCGACCCCGCUUAUCCAGCUUUCGUUGAGCCUCCAACGGUCCAUCCAAUAAACUUGGUAAUGGAAGGCAGCAGCAUGACCGUGCUGUGCAUUGCCAUGGGUACGCCAUCACCUACCAUAUCACUGUACAUAUCUGGAAGAUUAGUCAGACAAGAGACAUCUAGACACAUGGUGACCGUUAUCCACAACGUUACACGAGACAUGGAUGAAAUCUCGUGCUAUGCAGAUAAUGGCUACGGUACGCCUAUGCAAUCAUCGAGAAAAAUCAGUAUUAGCUACGUUCCCAAAUUGGUGGCGUCGAAAAUCACCAUGGCCAACCUGGGCGACACCGUGACGCUUGAGUGCAUGGUGGACGCGCACCCCGAACCGAAAACCAUGUUUUGGAGGGAUCCACAGGGCCGGACGCCCGUGAUCCAGAGCGGCAAACACAACGUGAACGUGAUCCGGUCCAAAGAGGACUACACCAAGUUCGUCAUGGAGCUCACCAUUAGCAAGCUGACAGAGACGGACGACGGCGACUACUUCUGUCACGCCGAGAACUCGUUCGGCAGCUCCACCAAGCCCGUGUCGGUGCGCAUCAGGAACUCUGUGACGACCAACAACGUGACUCAGUGUUGCGUUCAACAAAACGUGACGGCCGGUUGCUUGGACGCGUGUUCUUCGUCAUAUUUGGACAUCAACGUGGCCAUCGGCAGAGCCGAUUGUUUCAACGAUUUUGACAAACUAAUGAAAUGUGCAUCAGAUGGGUCGGAUCACAGGGCCUGCUGUUCGGACCGCGGAGUGCCCAGACGCUGUUUGGAGUGGUGUCGCGGUGAACCCGUCAACAACAAGAUGUGCGUGCUCUCCUAUUCCAAGUCCAUACUGGCCUGCUUCCACGAGCUGAGAGGUAUAGAUCCGUUUUUUGGCGCGCCCGAUAUAAUAAUCAGUAAUACGAGCGCAAAAUCGUCUCUUUACCCGAAUAACCAAACAGUUUGGAAUUAUUAA